AUGGCCUUUGGUUUGCUGUUGUCUUUUUGGCUGAAAAUCUAUAGCGACAAAUACUCCGGCGGCGUUGUCUUUUUGGCCUUUGGCAAGGUCCGCUGUGGAGACAUGGCAUUGGCUUUGGUGGGUGCUGGGCCAGGCGGCGCUAUCCCCGACUUGGUUGGUGCGAGCCAUCCGCCUCUUGAUGGUGGCGCCAUCACUGGCCAUGGCGGCGCAGCUUUGUGUCUGUAUGCUGGCCUGACUCAGCAGCAGGCAGUCCAGUUCGAAACGAUGGGCCAAGUGGAGGCACCCAUUGGUCGCGGCGGCCAGGCAUACUGGGCGCUGAAGACGACGGGGGGCAGCUGCGGCCCAAAGUGUUGUCAAUGCGCACCCGGGGAUGGAGCCUGUGGAUGUUGUGUUGAAGCCGGUGACGGUGACGCAUGUGGGCUUGCUGCGGUUGGUGCAGUGAACGACUGCGCUUUGCCCCCACACCUUUUGGCCAACAAGGACGGCGACGGCCGCACCGUCGCGCACCUGGCCGCCGCGCGCGGGGACAACGACGUGUCGCUGCUCAGGUACUUGGUGGAGACGUGUCUGAUGCCUGUGAAAGUGCUCGAGAUGACCGACAACUGGGAAGGUGACGUGGUGGACUUCUUGGCUGAGGUCAUCAUUCGGGAUCCUUUAGAUCAGAAGCAUCUCCUUCUUUCAGCUGCUCACCGGACUUUUGUGACUGCCCAAUGUGUUAUCAAUCAAGGCACAGUUUCAUUGACAAUUUUGGGAGGUACCGUUUCACAGGGCAAAUCAGGGUUUCACAUCAAAGAUGUUGCACACGUGAUGGAACAUGUUAUCCCUUCAACUGACACUUUGCGACAUGGCAUUGAAGUUUGCGCUGGGAUCAGAGCCUUAGGGGAAGGUAUGGAAGCCAACGGUUUUCAAAUCAAAGUAGCCAAUGACAUCCGAGAGAAGUUCACGCAGUUCAUGAAUCAUCAGGGUUUUCCCACAACAGUCACAGGGGACAUUGGUUCUCAUGAAGUUUUGAUGCAGAUCCAUGAAUGUCAUGCAGCACCGACAGCUCUUGCUGCCGGAUUCCCAUGUCAACCAUGGAGUAAGCUGGGGGACCGUAGAGGAUCAUGUGAUGCACGAGCAGGCACCCUGAGAUCCAUCCUCAGGGCAGCCUACUUUCUGCGUUGCCACACAGUUUUGUUAGAGUGCGUCACUGGGGCAAGGGAAGAUAAGAAAGUACUCCAACAACUGAAACAAUGGUGCUCCAUUACGAAGUUCAAUGCACGAGAAGUCACUCUGGAUUUGAAUCAGAUUUGGUGCGCGCACAGGACAGUCCCACGAUUGCUGCCCGACACCGAGAGUGUUGCACCAACCCUGAAGGAUUCAUUUGACCAGUUGGACGAAGUGACCACUCCUAAGCAUGGAGACACCUCACCAAGACUGAACCAGCCACAGCCGAAGAUUGGGUCACCACCCGUUGAUGAUCCUGAGGUUGCCGAACACACUGAGGUACCAUCAGUUCAGCAUUGCGCCCAGACCCCAUCAGCGAUCGGAAUGGACCCUGCAGCCAUCCAACCCAAUGACGGGCCAAAGAGCCCAACACCCGCAGCAUCCGAUUCCGACCAGCAUGGGGAGGUGCCGGUAGGAGCUGGAAUCAAACAAGAGAUCCACAACCAGCCACCGGCGCAAAAACUGGAAGAACACCACAAACAGCCAGGGACCAGGACCCCAGAACCUGAGAAGACCACAAAACAGCCAGGGCCCAGGACCCCAGAACCUGAGAAGACGACAAAACAGCCAGCGAGCAGGGCGCAAGAACCUGGACAACAUGAGGCCAAUCAGCCCGAUGAGAUCGAAGUUGAGCCAAGCAAACCUGCAUCUCCAAUUCAUGUAGCAACACCUCCACCCAGUGAGGUGGCCAAGCAAGAGCAUGAUGACCUUGGGGUUGUGCGUUUGGUUUUCCCAUUUAGCCAGGAACCCUUAUUGCAGAAGAUCCGCAAGCCUGCCACUGUUCAGAGUUUGCUCCUUGCUGAACAGGCUAUGGGACACAUUGGACCCAAAGCCAUUGCGACUAACAACAUGGGACAUCAGCUGAACCUGCAAGCCCAGAUUGAACCUUUUCAACAGAUCCAUUUUCAUGAGACCACGCCGGUGACACCCUGCCCAAUUGCAACCCAGGCAGGACGACAUCCGAACCUCCAUGGUCAGAACCUGCAGAGCAGAUUUGAGCUGUUGAUUCACCAACAAUCUUGGGUGGCGGUAGAUGAAAUGAAUUUUUAUCUUUCCCAAUUUCAGCACAUUGCCAAAUGUACCUUGUUGCCAGCCUUUCAGCUGCCAGCUGACCAUGGCUACAACCAGGCCUUGACGGGAGUUGGAAAAUGGGUCGAACAGUUGAGAGCUCACAUCUCUGAAGGAACUGAGCCUGCCGCCUCUGCCUGCUUGAUUGGACACCACUGGAUCCCCUUUCUGGUUAGGCAACAUGAGGGUCAGCUCAUCAUUCAAAGUAGUAUGGAUGGAGGGGAAAUUUUGGCCGAUAUCCUUCAUUUGUAUUCCGAUGAUUUGAAUUACCAUGAUCAUGCACCGGCCUGGACUGCACUUGACCCCAAAAUCCAGAUUCGGGAGGUCCCGUAUGAGUUCCAAGGGGAUUGUGGAUUUCAAACAGCCAUAUGGAUCAGCAACCAUGACUGCACAAUCAGUGAAUGCCAAGCCAUCACAGCAAGCCAAGCAUCGAUUUGGCGUGACCAUUUCCAACAUCACAUGCUGGUUACGGGUCAAGCCUAUGCGACCAUACAGACAGCCACAUUCGCCCUGGGCGGGGCCAAAGCAGGGGAAACACUGGAACACAGCCUCGCAGAAUUGCUCAGAUCCCAUGGGGUCCCCAAUGAUGCAGCAAUAGAUCGAGCCCAAGAGAUUUUCCUGAAACUUGGCAGACAAGCCAUCAGCCAAGUCAUGCGAGCCCCUCAACCCUGGAGGGAACUCAAGGCCAAAGCCAAUUCCCAACAUCCGAAGGUGCAAUUGGUCCACCCGUCAGAAUUGCAAGAUGCCAUCCGAGCCCGAGCUGAAACUGGCAAACCUGUGGGUCAGGGUCGCAAAAAGAAACCGGCCCCCAAACAGCAGGUCAGAUUGCAACCUGAUGAUGUGAGCAUACCUGAUGGCAUCUUCCGUCAGGAGCCCAACAUACCACUGCAGCAGCUGACGUUACCUCAGAUUGGUCCAGAUGCCCAGGGGGUUGUUGUCACUGAUAGUGUAACAGCCGCUCCUUUCCUCAAGAUGAAACAGCCGGUAUCCAAACAUGGCCUUGCACUGCUCAUUCUCGACCAUGCCGCACCGAGCAUCCAGCAAAUGGGAGAGAUCAUUCGAUUCCCAGGACGUUGCACCAGAACAUCCGAACCUAUUCUGGCAGCUGCCAGGUUGCUGCAAAUAGGAGCCAGCAUUGUAUCUCGCAAUGAGCCUGUGCACAAGCGGACCAUUGAUGAGACACCCAACCGAGUAGUCCGACUACUGGCAUUUCGGGAUGAAUGGGAUGGGGACUGGACACAGUUCAUCAAAAACCCAGUCAAGCAGAUCUUGGGACAUUUGCCCGAGCUUCAGACACCAGCCCAAGGAGAAUCGUCCAUCUUGGACUUAUGGGACCGUCAAUUUGUCACCCAUAGGUUGGAAAGAUCCAGCCCAGCAUCGGCACAGACGUUUAUUGUAACGGUGAGAAUUGCUUUCACAGAUCUGCAGCCAUUGUUGAGCCACAACGGCAAGUCCGGUGUUUACCUUGAGCCCAGAACUGAAGACGGCCGUAGCCCAGAUGCAUCUUUUCGCGUCAUUUGGCUACCCCAACAUGAUCGAAAUGGCUUGCAGGCCACAGUGCAGACCAGCCCGCAAUGGUGCUGCCUCGCCAGAAAUGGGGUCAAGCAUGGUCUUCGAACCACAGAAAGUUUUGCGGAAGCAUUGCACAACCAAUUCAAGCCAAGCACGCCCUGGAUUGAUUCAUCGGCACUGCAAAGCUACACUGUGGGGCCUUUCCCUGCAGGAUCCACUCGGGCUGCGAUUUUGAAAAUUUGCAAAGCUUGGGACUGGAAUGCCAAACCCAUCCAACCAAAGGCCAGGUCAGCUGAUGGCAGAGGAGUGCUUUGGCAACUUUUAGCUGCCAACAUGCCAGGUAGUGAAGUCUACCAGCUUGCCCAUGGUGACGUCCUCGUCACACCUGACCCUCCUAAGAAAGCAGCAGGAGCAAUCGCAUCCACUGAUGUGCAAGCCAGCGCAAAGACACUGGCAGUUUUGGCAAAGACCCCUGCAGUAGAACCCACCGAUGAUCCAUGGGCCCAGUAUGACCCCUGGUCGAUUCCAGCCAAAAAGAGCCGAAUGACACCACAACCAACGGUCACCAAAACGGACCUGGAGGCGAUGGAACAGAGAAUGGAUCAGAAGAUACGAGCUACUGCUCUCAAGCCGGAAUCUGAAGAUUCUUCCAUGGGCAUCGAUGAUGAAAGGGUCACUCAGUUGGAGCACAGAAUGAACCAAUUGGAAGUCAGCAUGCAGCAGCAACAGCACACUGUGCAAAGCCACCACACUGAAGUCCAACAGCAGCUCCACCAAAUGCGCAACCAAGUAGAGCAACAGGGGACCACUUUCCAUGCCCUGUUGGAUCAGCGAUUCACAGAACAGCUCAGUGAAAUCGAGCGCAUCAUGGCCAAACGGCCUAAAACCAACGAGUGUAUCAGAUUUCUGCCGGGAGCUCCAGCACCACGAAUCAGCUCCAAUGCAGCCUCCAUUGGCGGCAAACAUGUGGGGGUCCUUGCCCAGACGCACGAUUUGCUGCAGGCCAUCACCAGUAGGAUUGUUCUCCAAAGCCAUGGACCAAGAUUCCUCAUGGGCGACUUCAACCUUGACCUAUGGAACAUGUGCCCAUAUGGCGACGGCCUCAUGCACUGCCGUGGGAACAAGCUCAAGAGCAUUUUGCCACUUUGCCGGCCAUUGAAGGGAAGCCUGAUCAACCAGAAUUCUACAGGGCCCUGUGGCAGCAUCUUGAAGAUGGCCUUGACAGUCACCUCCAACAAGCCGCCCUUCCAGGUGACCAUUGGCAGCAUUUUCACUGGACGCGCCAGCUCCGACGAAUCCAGAGUUAUUGCCACCUUGUCAAACCCAGACAAGACGGGCUUCCGGAAGUACUGGCCCACAAGGGCAGUACAAGCAGCGGGCACCCUGUCUGAGAUUCCACGAGCCCCCCCAGACUAUGAGGCCAGUACUCGUCUUCUGGCAGGAUUUCUUGCUGAUUUUACGGCCAUGGAGAAAGCCCUGAUCAAGCAUAGACGGGUUGAAGCCCGAAAGAGCCGCCUUGCAGACCCACAUCGAAUCUACAAAGACACCGCCCAACCAAGGGCCAUGCCUGUGCAAACAUUAUUGACAAGCCUCUCCACCACCGUUGAAGCAGCCACGGAUGAUGGGCAAGUUAGCUAUCCAGCAGGGGACUUGGACUUAGACUUGCCUGUCUUCGGCCCCAAUGGACCACUGCUUAUGGCCCAACACCAGCAAGGCCUCAUCUUGACUGACCCAGACACCAUCCAGCCUGGUGAUUGCCUUACCCAAGAACGAUGGUUAGCCAAACGAGCCGACAUGUUCACCCAAUUUGCCGACCUUUGGACCAAGAAAUGGGACAAACACAGACACACACCAGAAGACACAUGGCAACCGUUCUGCCAGUUUGUUGAGACCCAUUUGCCUCAACCACCUGAGGACAUGCCAUACCAUCCUAUCACGCUUCAGGUGUGGAUGAAGGAAGUUCAACGGAAACGAUCCUCCACUGCAGCAGGACCUGAUGGUGUUUCCAAGCAGGAUUUGAUGAACAUGCCUGUCAACCUGACCAAUCAAAUGCUGGAGAUGUUUUGGCAUAUCGAACAGGGCGCCCCAUGGCCCAUUGAACUCCAGACAGGGCUGAUCACAGCAAUCGAGAAGCAUCAGCAUGCAGCCGACCCAUCGGCAUUUAGACCAAUAUGUGUGCUAUCACUGGCAUACAGAGUGUGGUCUUCAAUUCGCACCAAAGAAAUCUUAUCAUGGCUUGCAAAGUUUUCCCCACCAGGGUUGAUUGGAAACAGAUCAAAGAAAGAAACAAUGAUCGAGCGCACAUGGUAUGAUGACACCUCCAUCCAUGGAUGCAUAAGUGACAUUGUCAAGUGUUACAAUUGCUUGCCGCGCAUACCGGUGAUAGCCAUUGCCAAACGCAUGCGAAUCCCCAAUGAGAUCCUCUCGCCUUGGAUUAGAGCUAUCACGGCAUUGGAGAGGAGAUUUGUGAUCACAGGUGGAGCUGGCCCUGGUCUGAGAUCUACCACGGGCUUUCCUGAGGGUGAUCCUCUCAGCGUGACAGCAAUGUACAUGAUAAAUUUGGUGCUGUUUCAAUGGGUGCAGUUGGCCACACCAACCAUCCAACUCUGGACAUUCGUCGAUAACAUUGAGACUACUGGCUCAUCCCCAGAAGAAGUCUUAGAUAGCCUCACCAGUAUCGACGAGUUCUGCACCAUCCUAGACAUCCAGCUGGACACUAAGAAAACCAUAUUCUGGGCCACCACCACACAGGCCAGGGAAUACAUGAGGCUCUCAGGCCAGACCGUGGUCUAUGACACCAAGGACCUUGGAGGCCAAAUGGUUUUUUGCCGCCGGCACACCAACCGGGUUGUCCGUGCCAGGCCCAAUGACCUCACUGACUUCUGGCCGAGACUUGCUCGCAGUCCAGCACCAAUCAGCCAGAAGGAACUCAGCCUUCGUGUGGCCGCUUGGCCCAAAGCCCUUCAUGGUAUCAGCACGACUAUUUACGGCAGUGAUCACAUCAACAAGUUGCGGACCCGUGCUUUGCGGAGUUUAGGCUGGACCAACAAAGGUAUGCAUCCCAUGCUCCAGUUGUCAUGUCUCAGCGAUGUCAGAUCUGAUCCAGGCUAUUGGUGCAUGUGGCAGACUGUGAUCUCUUUCAGACGUUUUGCUGAUCCUUUACCCAGUUACGAAGUCAUGGAUUACUUUGUUUUGCAUCCAGAGAAACGCAUUGAUCCGGGACCAUGUGGAGUGCUGUUUCAGCGACUUCACCAAAUUGCAUGGGUUUGGCUGGGGGAAGGAUGGUUUCGGGACCACCAAGGUUUUGACAUUCACAUUUUUCAUUCACCUUUGCAGCUUUUGAAGUCCCGACUUAAACAUGGUUGGCGAACGUUUGUCUGUGCAGUUGCCGCAGAAAGGAAAUCCAUGCAGGGUUUAGCUCGAGCUGAUGUUGAAUUUGUUUCCCACCUCUUUCAACAGCUUGACCCUCAUCAGCAGGGAUAUGUGCGGUAUGCUCUCAAUGGUAGCUUUUACACACGUGACAAACUGAAACACAGUGGAGUAGUUGAGGAAACUAGCUGCAUUUGGUGCGAUGCAGAAGACUCUGUGGUGCACCGCCAUUGGCAUUGCCCCCACACACAAGAUGCCAGGUCCCAAUUGCCACAGACCUUGCUGCUUGCCGUUGAUUCCUUGCCAGCAUGCACAUUGAACCAUGGAUGGCUCACUCUCCCAGAGGAGCUACAUGUUUUCCAGCAGUUUUUGAUUGACACACCAGAUCGUUCCAAACAAUUUUGUCCAGUGCCGGCUCAAGCCCAUGUUGCCAACAUCUUCACAGAUGGUAGUGCCUGCCUCCCGAACGACCCACUCCUGCGGGUUGCCACCUGGGGGGUAGUCAUUGCUGACCUGGAGACAGACACCUUUCCUGUCCUUGCCCAAGGAGGAGUGCCAGGUCUGUUGCAAACAGUUUUGAGGGCGGAGAUUUGGGCCACCAUUGAAAUGCAGCCGCAGACCGAGCAGCUGAACAUGCACAAGCCGUUUUUCCAACUCAGUUUUGGCAGGUUUGGGAAAACCUGCGCCAAUUUUACAUACUGCGCAAAGAAUGGUGUCUUGCAUUGUUUCAUUUGUUUAUUACAGUAG